UUAAAGUUUUUUCCCGACAUGCAUCAGUGUUUACCGUCGCCUGGAGAUGCAUGGAUGUCUAAGAAGUUCUCUUUCUCAAGACGUUCUCUCUCUCAAGACGUUCUCUGAUAUUAUCGUGCGUCGGCAAAUAAGACAUGUCGUCCCUAAAGGGUAUAGAUCCUCAGCUGAAGCGUUACCUGCGGCGGCACCAUGUACCUGACGUGUUCGAGUGCAUCAUCACCGGACUGGCGAUGAACUGCCCGGAGGACUCCCUGCACUUCAUCGCUGAGAAACUACGUCUCCUGAUAGAAACCAACUUUGAAGGCAUACAAUGGGACAUGUUUGUAGAUGAAGCCCUCAAGCCCAGCAGGAAGGUUGUGACUGAGAGUUACCUGGAGCAGCUCUUCAACUAUGAUGAGAAUGUACAGCCAACACCUGAGAUGUACCACAAGGCCUAUGAUUUCUACAAUGACAAAAAGAAGAAGAUGUGUUUUUAUGCUUGGCUGCAGUACCACAUGAUGAAGAAGCAACGGAGACUGGAGAUGAUGCGGCGGCUUGAGGAAGCAAGGCAGUACUACAGGCACAGAGUCAUGAAUGUGCACUUCACCAAAUGGCUGGAUUGGACCAGAUUUGUCAAUAGAAGAAAUGCAGAGGGCUUCAUGAAGAUCAAGUUUGUCUACCACACCUCUCUGUGCAGACUGAUCUUUAAGUCCUGGUUCUCAGUCAUGAAGGAUGCUCUCAGGACAAGGGAAUACUUUGAGCGUCUGGAGCGGGGAGAGAUCGUGGAAGGGGACAAUCCGCUGGCUGCUCGGGUGGGAGGAGAGACCAGGGACGAGAUCUCACUCCUGCCCAGGAAGGCAGCUAUGAAGGUGUUUGCCUACAUCGACAUUGCCGACCUCCUGAGAUGUGCACGUGUCUGUCGGUCAUGGAAGGUUCUGACGCAAUCACCCGCCCUUUGGACCAAGGUCAACUUGUCCACUGUAAGAAACAAAGUGACUGAUCCAGUUGUGAUCCAGAUGUUACACAAGUGUCGGCCGUAUCUCGUCCACCUGAACCUGAGAGGCUGCCUGGGUGUCCGCAGGGCCAGUUUCAAUGUCAUCAGCCAGUGUAAGAAUCUUCAGGAUUUGAAUUUGUCAGAGUGUAAAGGCCUUUCUGAUGAUUCCCUGAGACAGAUCGCUGAAGGUUGCAGAGCCCUGCUGUACCUGAAUGUGUCGUACACUGACAUUAGUGAUGGGGCCAUGCGGGCCUUGGCAAGGUCUUGCCUGAACAUGCAGUACCUGAGCCUGGCCUACUGUCAGAAGUUCACUGAUAAGGGUCUGCACUACCUGACUACAGGCAAGGGCUGUAGGAAACUCAUCCACCUGGACCUGUCAGGGUGCACACAGCUGACAUCUGUAGGCUUCCACCACGUGUCUGUUGGCUGUCCUACGGUCCAGUCCUUGGUGCUGAACGACCUGCCAAUACUGACGGAUGAUUACAUACUGGAGAUGACUGACAGGUGCCAGUCCAUCCGUGCCCUCUGCCUGCUGGGGUCACCAAAUCUGUCAGACACAGCCUUCAAGGCCCUGGCUCAACACAGGAGACUACAGAAACUCAGAGUGGAAGGGAACAGCAAAAUUACUGACAGCGUGGUGAAGACGUUGGUGAAACUGUGUCACCAGAUGAACCAUGUGUACCUGGCUGACUGUCCCAGACUCACCGAUAUCUCGCUCAAGAACCUCGCCAUGCUAAAAAACAUCUCAGUGUUGAAUGUGGCUGACUGCAUCAGGCUGAGUGACUCAGGAGUGCGGCAGGUUGUAGAGGGUCCAUCUGGAACCAGGAUCAGGGAGAUGAACCUCACCAACUGUGUCAGAGUCAGCGACGUGUCUCUCCUCAGAAUAGCACAAAAGUGCCAGAAUCUGACAUUCCUGAGUGUUUGUUAUUGUGAACACAUCACUGAUGCAGGCAUCGAGCUGCUCGGGAACAUGCCAAACCUGACUUCGGUGGACUUGUCUGGGACCCAUAUUGGGGACACGGGCCUGGCUGCUCUAGGCAGUAGUGGAAGGGUGCGGGACGUGACAGUGUCAGAGUGUGAAGGUGUGACAGACUUGGGCCUGCAGAAGUUCUGUGCACAGGUACGAGAACUGGAGAUGCUGGACAUCUCCCACUGCCAGGCAAUCACAGAUACAGGGAUCAAAAGCAUGGCCUUCUGUUGCCGCAUGCUGACUCAUCUCAACUUCUGCGGAUGUCUGCAGCUGACUGACCUGUCCAUGCAGUAUGUGUCAGGUGUGUGCAGGUACCUGCAUGUGUUAGACAUCUCUGGCUGCUGGCAAGUCAGUGACAAGUCAUUGAAGUACCUAAGGAAAGGCUGUAAGCAGCUCAAAAUGCUGACCAUGCUCUACUGCAAAAACAUCACAAAACCAGCAGUAAAUAAGAUCCGAGGUAAGGUGGAGCAUGUGGAGUACAGUACAGACGAGGUGCCGGCCUACUUUAACUACUCCAAAAAGUAAUAAUUCAUCCAUGGGCUUCUCCAGCUGGGGCCUCCAGUGUAGGGUCAGACAUGGAUGUACAUAUCGCUGCAUCUAAUGUAGAGCUAUGAUUGUGUAUUAGAUGGAGUGUCAUCCAAGUAUAACUUUACCCUCAAUGCAGUGACUCUUUGUACGUUGUCAUUGAAGGUUAGACAUCCAGGUAAUAAGAUAUUCCAAAUAGCAUUUACGUCAAAUACAUUGUCACUAGAUAUAGUUUUGGAAAUGGUCGGAGACAUUUCAGGUAGCAUCCAAUAUUUACAUUCAUCAGUCACACUGACAAAAGAUAGUGGAUGUUAUCUGAAAUGUCUGUGACUGUUUUCAAAAUUGUAUAAUUGAGUUUCUUGAGUAAUAGCUGCUAUUUUCUAUUUCUUUAUUCGUUGGUUUAUGUAUGAUUACAGAUGUCAGUAAAUUAAGGCCCUGGUAAACAAGUAUGUCUUGAAAAAGACCAGUUAUCAAAGUGAUAUAUAAAGAAUCGAGACAAUGAGUAGAUGUCUAAUUGGUUUAUAUGAAUUCAAAAAGUAUGACAUAUUUACAUGUCAUUUUUCCAUGUAGAUUUUUGCCUUCGUGUAUUUCUGCACUGUUUUGCUUCCUGUAUAUACACAGCUGCUGCAUAACAAAGGUGGGACGGGGCAUGCUAUUGCUGCUUUGAAAGUUUGAUUUUUUUUAUGUUUAUUUGUCAGUAUUUUAUAUGUCAGAGUUCUCAAGCCUUUGUUCUGAAGCAGUACUACAUGUAGUUGUCACACAUUCAGAACCUCCCCACAACCUUGCUGCUGAUCAGUCCCCAAUAGAGGUGGGGUGGGUGGAAAGCAGUCGUGACGACCAUAUCACAACUAUGAACAGCUUAGUUAGACUUAGCCAACCUCACACUUAACCAACAUUGCAACUGCUAGUCAUGGAAAAUCUCGCUAAUGACUGGUCUGGGGGAGGUUGGGAGGCCAUGGUCGGGUAUGUGUGACAGGGCCAUCAGUUACUUGCACUUGUGGUCAAUAUAAAUCUGUGUUUGUAUAUUACAUGUAUAUAUUACUAUGACAAUUGUUCGCUGCAAUAAAGCAAUUUCUGGUUGUAAA